CGCAUCAAAAAUUCAUGCACAAUUUUCAAACCCGGAUCUGUAGCCGUUGGAAAUUCAAAACCAAACACCAGAUUCAAAACAUUUGACCGUUAGCAAAAGGACCAAAAUCCCUUACUCGUUAGCCUCUUUCUUUCCUGGAAUUCGAUUCUUCCCUUCCCCUUCGGUCCACCCAAAGGCACAACCAAAAAUGGCGAGGAAGGAAGAAGAGCCAAAACAGAGUCCAAUAAACCCGAAAAACCAGCAAAGAGAAUCAGACCUAGUUGAAGUCGAAAUCUGUGGCACCAGCGGCAAUGCGAUUGUAUUCAGCCCUAGAUUCAAAUCCGUCGCCGCCAUGGCCGGUUGGGACGAAGAGAGCCUUCUAGUCGCAAGCCUGGUGGUCGACGAUACGCCGGAGAGAGAUUUUAAACACAAGAAACACUCUGUCUUGGACUCCAAGACCCCACCCACCAAUUCAUCAAGAAGAAAGCGCAGAGCACCGAGAAGGAGCCCGAUCUCAAUCCCUGUAGCUGUCCUUGAUCUUGAUGAUGCCGAAGAAACUGCGAAAGACGAGAGUGGGAAAGAGAAGAAAGUGGAAUUGGAAGUUGUUGCGAAUAAAGAUAAGGAAACAAGAGAAGAUAAAAUGGCUGAGAGCUCGGGUGGUUCUUGCCCGCCAAGUACGAAUCUUCCUUGCUUGGAUAAGCUCAGGGAAGAACUUUCUUGCGCUAUCUGCUUGGAUAUUUGCUUUGAACCAAGUACUACUCCCUGUGGUCACAGUUUCUGUAAGAAGUGCUUGCGGUCUGCUGCUGAUAAAUGUGGGAAGAGGUGCCCCAAGUGCAGGCAGCUAAUCAGCAAUAGUAGAUCCUGCACCGUCAACACGGUUCUGUGGAACACAAUACAGCUUUUGUUUCCACAAGAAGUUGAAGCAAGGAAAGCUGUUGGAGCCUCAAAUGGCAGAGAAACUGAUCGUCAAAGCCCUGGAAAGGCGGUAUAUAACGCAAGGAAUGCUUUAAGUAGAAGGGCAUCGGGGGCAUCAAGCACAAGCAGCAGCGGAGAAAUGACCAUGAGGAGAAGACGGGUAAUACUAAGCCAAGAUGAAGAGGUUGAAGCUGAGCAUCGAAACCAAGAACAAACUGCUGAUAGAAGCAUUCGGUUUUUAAGGGCAUCAAGAAGAGAGAUGAAUGUGAGGAUGAGUAGUAGAAGGAUCCCAAGCCAGGAUGAGGAUGCUGCAUUAGCUCUAAGAUUGCAGAGGGAGGAGUUUAUUGAGGCUUUUAGGGGAAUCCCUGAUCAAUCCAGUAGUUCUUUGAUUUCUUCGGCAAGAGAAAACUUGAGAGCCAUGGCAUCUAGAGCUACUAACCAUCGUCUUACCCGACAUAUGUUGUAGUCUAGCUUCUCUUUCGGUUUCGAAAUUUCCAUUUCUGGUGACACUACUGACUGGUAGUCUAGCUUUUUUCUCCCUUAUUUGGUUGAACAAUGUUUUCAUAAAGUAACAUACAAGGUGCCUUUU